UUCUUCCCCCAUACGUCUCCUCCCCGCUCCCCCCUCAAAAUCCCCAAAUCCGACCAAACCCUAGCCAAAUCCCCUCCCCCCGCUUCCUUCGCUGCUAAGUAUAUCCCCCGCGCUACGAAUCUCCGGGCGGAUUGGGUGCUGCAAUCGGUGGAUGAGAGCUUGGGAGAGCGGGGGACGAUGACGGUCAUGGAGCUCAAGAAGCUGCCGCUCGGGUUCCGGUUCCACCCCACCGACGAGGAGCUCGUCAGGCACUACCUCAAGGGGAAGAUCACGGGGCAGAUCAAGGCCGAGGUCGAGGUCAUCCCCGAGAUCGACGUCUGCAAGUGCGAGCCGUGGGACCUCCCAGAUAAAGCGUUGAUCCGCUCCGAGGAUCUUGAGUGGUUCUUCUUUGCACCCAAGGACCGCAAGUACCCCAAUGGAAGCAGGUCCAACAGGGCGACUGAGGCUGGCUACUGGAAGGCCACCGGGAAGGACAGGAUCAUCAAGUCCAAGGGCGAGAAGAAGAAGCAGCACAUGAUUGGCAUGAAGAAGACCCUCGUGUUCCACCGGGGACGAGCCCCCAAAGGCGAGCGCACUGGCUGGAUUAUGCACGAGUACCGCACCACCGAGCCGGAGUUUGAAUCUGGCGAGCAGGGUGGUUAUGUUCUGUAUCGCCUGUUCCAAAAGACGUUGGAGAAAACUGAGCGCUCUACGCCGGAGGAAAUGGAUAAAAGUGGCUACUCCCCCACUCCAUCUCGUUCCACUCCUGACCAUAUGGAGGCAAACGAGGAAGCACUCACACCGUUAAAUAAGGAGUCUCCUGAAUCUGGUCUAUCUGGAUGUCCAAUUGACUUGCCGGGUACAAUUGAAACUCCAGCUGCGCCGAUUACAAGGUGGCUUGCAGACAGGAACGAUAAUCUGGCGACAAAUGAAGCAAACGUUUUUCGUGCGCCUUCUCAUGGUCAUGUUGAUGGAGGACCUAAGCAGGCGGGUGCUGCGGCUGGAUCUUUGACUCAGUUAAUUGAUUCACAGAAGAUAAAUGUUGGUUCAGAUGAAUUUGCAACAUUUCCUGCUCCCAUGUUACAGCAUGAUGUAGAUGCUCUCUUGAAUGAUUUUUCCCUUCAAGGACCUUCAGCUGAUUUUUGUGGCACUCUGAAACCCCGUGAUCCAGUGGAAGAUUUCUUGAACGAAGCAAUUGCUGAUCCAGAUGAGCAUUCAUCAUCAACAUCUAAAGUUCAGUAUGAUUCAGACACUGGGAAUAUGCCUGCUGAGUUUGACAACAACUGGGUUCUGCAGGGUGAUUUCCUAGAUGAUUCAAACUGGUUAGACAAUUUAAAUUUUGUGCCUGAUGACACAAAUCCGCAGCUGAGUGGAUUAUAUGAGAAUGCGACAUUGCUUCCUUAUGACAGCACUAAUCCAGAUGUACUUUCCAUGGACUCCGGUGAUGAGUCCUUGCAAGAUUUGUUCAAUACCAUGGAAGAUCAUAGUGGAAAAAGAGAUGUAUAUGAACCUGGAUUUAAUGCCAUGCAUCAGCAGUUACAGUCUAAUAUGCAUCCGAACUAUUUAUGGAGCACUGAACCUGGUUAUAAUGCUAUGCAUCAGCAGUUACAGUCUACUAUGCAACCAAACUAUGUAAUUUCUCAACAGGGCAUUGCAUCAAGGAGGUUAAAGCUAUGUGAUUCAUUGUCUGCUGUCGAUGUUGAGAGUCGAGAGAGCAUGACCAGAGAUGAACAUGAAGAAUCAGAUAUUGCUACUUCAAAGUAUAUGGGUGGAUCUGUUGAGUCAACUGCAGAUGUAGAUGAUGCUGAGUCAACAGGGGUUACUAUUAUGAGGCGGCCCCGUGCGCCUAGUUCAAAUGUGCUUUCAGAUGGAGAUGAUGCUGAAUCCACGGGGGUUACUAUCAUGAGCCGGCGCCGUGCGCCAAGUUCAAAUGUGCCUUCAGACGGAGAUGAAGCUGAAUCCACAGGGGUUUCUAAGAUGAACCGAAGCUCUGCUCCAAGUGCAUGCGUGCCUUCAGAUGGCGAUGAUGAUGUGUCAACAGGGGUUAAUAUUAUGAGCCGAGACACUGUUCCAAGUUCAAACACAGAUAGUUCAUUAACUCAACAGGGGGCUGCAGUGCGAAGGCUGCGGCUACAAUCGAACCUUAACGCAGGAACAUGUUCUAGUGUCGAUGGUUUGUCAAGUUGCAUUAUGGAUGAAAACGGAGGUGAUGAAGGGGUUAAAGCUGAGAUUGAAGAGCAUGUGGAAACGAACUUUCUUGACAAUUUUGGUUCUGUUGGCGACAGCCAGCCUGAUGCACAAACGGAUAUGCCUGAUCAUGAUGGUGCCAUGCUUAUUCCAGACGCCAAUUCUGUUUUGAGGCAGCGCAAGACACUGGAGAAAGGGGACAAGGAGAAGAAGCAGGAGUGUGGUCUUCAGUCACAUGUGAGAGAACCAAGGAAGAGGGGAGGCUUCCCAGCACACAUUAUCUGGCCAGUUCUGUCGGUAGCUCUGCUUGUCCUUGUCAGUGUUGGGAUGUACGGAUGGGCAUAGUAGCGCUCUCCCGGUGUGAGUUCAACGUGGCACGUUUCACCCACAAGCAGCAUCGCUGUGCCAUGUUCCCUUGUACAUAAGGUGUCUUACUGCCUGCGUUUAGACGGCUGUAAGAUCCCUCGAGUGUUUGUUCCCCUUCCAGCGAUCCGAGGCAGUAGAAAAUCCAAAAAAAAAGUUGUGAGGUAGCAAAUGAGAAGGGAGGAAGCAAGUAGUAAGUAUUUCUGUAGAUGUCUGUGACUUAGGUUCAUGCUAGUUUUUGUUCUGCUGUUACUGCAGAAUUUAGCCACCAGGUUUGUUAAGCAGUUGUAGUCAUGCCUGGGGCUGUCGUCGUCCUUUCUGCUUGUUGUUCUGAUGAUGUACUUAGCAAGAUCUGAACUUAAUUAAAUCUUUUACAUAUCCUUUUUUCCA